CAUAAUAAAUGAUAAAUGAUGACGUGAUUAGACGGACCUACGGUAUUUGACCUUGAAAUUGAUAACGCACAAUAUAUUCGUAUAUAGGACAAUUGACAGAGAAUUACCAUGCCAUACAAUAUUCCUAAAACUGUUUCAAAAAUAUAUAUUCACACUGGCAAUGUGUUAAACACUAAUGAGUUGACACAAAAAGCUGGUCAAAAUGCAACUGAAGAGGUAGUUGAAUGUUUGAAUAUAUGCUUGUCAAAGUGUCCAUCAUCAUUUGCAUUACAUGAAAAAACUAUACAUUUAAAAUGUGAAGAAUGUUACAAUAAUGACAAUGAAGAAGAGUAUUUAGCACUCAAAACAAGUGUUAAAAUAUUUUUAACCACAAAUGAAGUGGAUGUCUUAAAUGAUUCAUUAAAAACCCUUUUUAAAGAAUUAAAUGAAGAGGUAAUUGAUUCAGUGAUUUUAACAUUAAAUCACGGUAAAGAUACUAAAUUAGCUGAUUUGUUAACUCUAUGGACUGUGCUUGAAGGAUAUGUUAACAAAAAAAAAAUUACACGUAUAGGAGUGAGUGACAUUGCCACAGAUUUAUUCAUUGCUCUCUACAAUAACUCAAUUAUCAAGCCAACAAUUAUUCAAAUAAAUUUGAAUUCUUGUUGUGUUGUACCAGAAGCUCUACAAGAAUUCACUAAAGAUAAUGAAAUUCAGCUGUUAACACACAAUGAUUCAAAAGAAAUUUUACCCCAAUCUUGCUUGGCUGAAGUUUUUGGAGAACAAACUGAACUAAAACAAAAAGUACCAAAACUUGAAUGGAUGAUAAGAUAUUUAACACAUGUUAAAUGUAGAGGAGUAUUAGCAAGUAAAGGGUAUGUUGUGUGUCUUAAAAGAUAGAAUAAAUGUACAAGAUGGUAAAUCAUACAAUAUAUA